AUGGGUAAACAAAAUAGUAAGCUCAAGCCCGAAGUUUUGGAAGAUCUGAAGCAAAAUACAGAAUUUUCUGAUGCUGAAAUUCAAGAAUGGUAUAAAGGUUUUUUAAAAGACUGUCCCAGUGGCCAUCUGUCGGUAGAUGAAUUUAAGAAAAUUUAUGGAAAUUUCUUUCCUUAUGGUGAUGCGAGUAAAUUUGCAGAGCACGUGUUUAGAACCUUUGAUGCUAAUGGAGAUGGCACCAUCGAUUUCCGAGAGUUCCUUUGCGCCCUCUCGGUCACGUCCAGAGGGAAACUAGAGCAAAAACUGAAAUGGGCCUUUUCCAUGUACGAUUUAGACGGCAACGGUUACAUUUCACGGCAAGAAAUGCUAGAAAUCGUCACAGCAAUAUACAAAAUGGUAGGCACUGUAAUGAAAAUGCCAGAGGACGAGAGCACCCCGGAGAAACGCACCGAUAAAAUUUUCCGACAAAUGGACAAAAACAAAGACGGCAAACUGAGCCUCGAGGAAUUUAUAGAGGGUGCCAAAAGCGAUCCCUCGAUCGUCAGGCUGUUACAGUGCGACCCUCAAGCCCAGUAG